CGGACGGACAGACGGACGGACAGACAGAUAGACAGACGGACAGACAGACGGACAGACGGAUGGACAGACGAACGGACAGACGGACGGACAGACAGACAGACAGAAACGGGAGACCUAUUUCUUCGUGCUCUAGGGGUCAUGAUAGGUUGAGAAAAUGCAAAAGUAGAGAGUCGGCCGACGGACUCGAUUACACUUACACUCGGGAAGUAAAAUGAGCAGUUCGUCAAAAUAAAAAAUUACGGUUUCAACAGAACAAAGGCACGUAAAUAAAUAUAAGUCUAACAAUCUUCCAAUAAUAACGUUUAAUCUAUGCCAUCUAUAACAAUCAGUUAUGACACAAAUACGAGUAUAUCUCAAGAAUAUUAUAACCAUAAAAAGUUGUGUUAAAUCCCUCUUAAGCUGUUAAUUUACGCAAAUUUCAUGCACUUCGUCAGUUUAAUUUGUUGAUAACAUACGACAAUGACUUCUUCCAAAGGUAGCAACAGUACCAGCAAAACCAAUGGCGAAAAAUGGCCACAAAUUCUCGUUGCUUUCAUUGCAAUCAUUGCGACCUUCACCACUGGCCUUCACCUAGGAUGGUCGGCGCCCUCUUUGCCCCAACUCUUCUCCGACGAGUAUCCUUUUGACGUCUCAGCAGAAGAAGGUUCCUACAUAAUCAUAAUCGGAAAUUUGGGAGCCUUCUUCGGGAGUUUCAUCGGAAACUUUAUUUUGGACAAAAUUGGACGUCGCCUGUGCACCAUCCUCAUAGCUGUUCCUCAAAUAAUUUCUUUUUACUUCCCGAGCGUAAGCAAAGGAAUCAUGGAACUCUUGUAUGUGGGUCGAUUUGUAGGAGGAUUAGCAGAAGGAAUGGUUAAUACCAUCAUAGUAAUUUAUUUGGCCGAAAUAGCAGAACCUUCCGUCAGAGGAAUUUUGGGCAUAAUGACCGCAAUCGCGUCGUACUCCAGUAUACUCUUCGCGAACGUCGUAGGGUCGUACUUAACCAUCAGAACCACCGCUUCAAUUUUCAUCGCGUUUCCGGUACUUUUCAUCGUACUGUUCUGGAGGAUGCCCGAAAGCCCGUACUACCUCCUCAUGAAGAAAAAAGAUGAAGAAGCCGAACACGUCUUAAAGUUCUUGCUAAGAAAAUCAAACGUGCACGACGAUCUGACUAAGCUAAAACUAGAUGUCAAUCGCCAGAUGUCCGAAACUGGUACUUUUAAAGACAUCUUCACUAUCGACUCUAACAGAAGGGCUUUCAUUAUAACAGUAGGUGCCAGAUUCUUCCAGUUAACCACUGGAGUUGCCGCAAUGAACUUCUACAUCCAGAUUCUCCUAAAAGACGCUACUCAAAGUAUAGAACCACACGUCGGUGCUUCCAUUGUUCUUCUAAUUCAACUCGGCGUGACAGUGUUAAAUGUCUUCCUUGUGGAUAGAUGGGGUCGCAAACCUCUUCUUUUCUUCUCUACUAUAGGCUGCUUUGUCAAUUUAGUACUCCAAAUGAUUUUCUUCAUACUUAAAGAACAGACUAGUGUUGAUACUUCAGUAGUUGAUUGGUUCCCGUUGAUGAUGAUGAUGGUACUCAUUUGUGUGUAUUCGUUAGGUUUGGGAUCAGUCGUUGGUGUCUUGACAGGUGAAAUGUUUUCUGCCAGCAUUAAAGCGAAACUGGUUUGUAUGGUGAACGGGUCGUUCUCUUUGAUGACUUUGGCAGUUACUAAGUACUACCAAGUGACGGCUGAUGGGUUUGGAUUGACCGUACCUUUUUCAAGUUUCGUAGCCUUGACGUUUGUCGCAAUGUUGUUCUUCUAUUAUCUUGUGCCUGAGACUAAAGGGAAAACUUUGGAGGAAAUUCAGCAGAGCUUAAAAGGAGGUGCAAAAGGAAGAAAAUAAAAAAUGUGAUGUAGAACUUAAAACUGUAACUUCUAAAUGUAAAAUGAGAAAAACGAUCUAACACAAUCAAGGUAACCCAACAGUCUAACUAAUCACUGAAACAAAGAUUUUUUCGUGGCAGCUUAAACAAACGUGGAGCAGUUCCCACCACGUAAGACACGGGAUUAUAGUACUUUCCAUUCUUUCAAAGGAUUGUCUUAAUCUAAAUUAAACUAUAAAAUAAACAAAAAAUGAAUAGAAGACCAUCUUUUUAACCAAAGAUUGACCUCCCUGUAAUCCUUUGACAAAAAAUUAAUUUGGCGUAAAUGCAAAAUAAACAAACGAAGAUAACAACGACCUAAGAUAACCUC